AUGUCAUCCUUUGGAAUCAAGAUUCGCAAACGCACAUGGGAAGAAUCCUUUGAAGCCUUGAAACGAUACAAAGAUCGUCAUGGCGAUUGUCUCGUGCCGAUUCACAAUCACCACGACGACUUGGCAUUGGGCGGCUGGGUCAAUCAUCAACGCUCCAAGAAGGCCAAAUUGACGACGGAACAACGCCAACGCCUCAACGACCUUGGUUUUACAUGGUCGGUACGGAUGCGCAACAAACAAUGGAAUGAAAUGUUGGGACGGAUUGUGGCGUAUCGCGACUCCCAUGACGGCGAUAUUAGUUGUAGCGACGAUAUCGAAUUGGCGGAUUUUGUAAGAGAGCAAAUGGGCAAAUAUCACAAGGGACAAUUGUCGGGCGCCAGACAAAAACAAUUGGAAGAAAUUGGAUUGCAAUUGUCACAGCAGUCAGCAACUGAUAAUGAUGCUGAAGAAAUGGAAGAAGAAGAAGACGAUGGAGCCACCAUUCAGUAUACCGAAGAAUUUGAUCAACAAUACAACAAGUUGGUGGAUUUUCAUGUCGAACACGGACACUGCGAUAUUCCCGUCGAAUCGCAUGCGCUGGGAGCAUGGGUGACGACGUUGCGGAAUACUUACAAGGAAGAUCCCGAACAUGCCAUUUCGCAAGAGUGUGUCGAACUAUUGGAAGAAUUGGGAUUUGAUUGGAAGGGACCCACGUUGGAUAACAACGACAAAGACAAAGACAACAACGCUGACAACAAUACGGAUGAUAAGACAGAUGAUAAGACAGAUGAUAAGACGAGCAGAGAUCAUGACAACAUUGACACUACUAUGAAAGAAGCAGAAGAAAAAGAAGAAGAAGCCAAGGAGAGCGACAACAACAAUCCAUCAUCCAAAUCAGAAUCAUCCAAACCAGAAGAAACUUUAAAAAAGCAAGACGAGGAUAGUCCAGCUGCAUCUGUUGCUGCUGCCAAGGAAUUAUCAUCCGCCAAGUCGGAUACCCAAGAGGAUGAAGACGAGGAAUUGGGCUCGACCACCACCGAUGACAAUGAUGAAGGAGCCAAGGACGAGGAUGAUGACGAGGAAGACGACGAAGACCAGAAAUCCAAACAUGAUAGCACGGCAGAAUCGAAAGAUGAUGACACGGACAGUGACAACGAUAAUGAUGAUGACGACGACGAAGAAGAGGAGGAAGAAGAUACCAAACCAAAGACACUCUUUCGACGAAACUCGUCCUUACUCCUCAAAAAGAUGCGACGACCUUCGCUCCCAAAGAAAAAGACGGCACGACGCAUGUUAUCCCUCCCCAUCAAUCCAUCCAUUAAACCACAAGUCCGACGACCCUCCCUCGCCAGUCAAGCCGCCAGCAAUUGUCCGUCUCGAGAUGAACGAUUCAUGAAACAAUACCAAGACUUGCUAGCGUUCAAAAACGAACACGGACACUGUCGCGUACCGCAAAACAAACGCUACAAGACACUCGGUGGUUGGGUCAACAAUUUGAGAGUCAUGUACAAACGAGAUGCCGAACACGGCGUGCGACCCGAUCGAGUCAAAUUGCUCAACGAGGUCGGAUUCAUUUGGAAUGCUACCACGGAUAUGCCCAGUUACGAUGUGCGCUGGGAACAGCAGUAUGAGAAUCUACUCGCGUUCAAACGAGAUUUUGGACAUUGUCGAGUACCACAAACAGGACCGCACCGCAAGUUGGGGAGAUGGGUCGCCACGCAGCGGGCAUUGCAUACCAAGGAUCCCAUGAAUGGGAUUCGUCCCGAUCGAUUGAAACGACUCAACGAUGUCAAGUUUACGUGGGAUGCCAAGGGAUACAAGGGCAAACACUUUUAUACGGCCGCCAGCAGUGGUACGACGACGAACGAUGCAGCCGAUGUGGUGGCGACAAAGGCAGACAGUUCGGCGACGGAAUCCGAUGAAGAUGAGGACAUGGAGGAGGAGGAAGAAGACGAGCUCGAUGUCAAUAAUGAGGAAGAUGAUGAUGAAUCGGUCGUGGCAGCUGCUGCGGUGGAAGCGGACGGCGCUACGACCCCGGACGUCGAUGUGGUCCCGGAAGUCACUACUCUACCGGCUGCAGAGCCCAAAGUCAAGGAAGGCAACGCCAAAAGUGAGGCGUUGUGGAUGGAAAACUACGCCAAGUUGGUCGAAUUUCACAAGCAGUACAAGCAUUGCGGAGUUCCCUAUUCGAACCCCAAACAUGCCAAGCUCUUGGAGGACAUUGAGUUCUUUUCGAACAAAUCGGGAGAGCAGCCGCCCAGUCUCAAGGACGUGCGCUGGGAAAAGACGUACAAACAGCUAGUCGAGUUCCACAAACGAGAAGGGCACUGCCGUGUGCCACAAAACGGAGAAAACAAAAAGUUGGGCAAGUGGGUUGCGACACAUCGUCUCUUGUACAACAAGGAUCCAAUCAACGGGGUACGACCGGAUCGGAAGAAACUAUUAGAUGAACUGGGGUUCACUUGGAACGCCAAAGAGUUUCGCAGCCGACGAUUCUCCUCUCCUCCAACCACCACCGCGACCAAAACUCUCGAGUUGACGGAGGAGGAUGUCGCCACUCUCAAUCAGAGUGGUCAACUUUUUCCGCCCGCUUUUGGCCAGACAGUGUUACCAUCACCCAACGCGGGCACAAACAAUGUUGCUUUGGCGGAAGGCAAUGCGUUAGCGUCUGGUCGCAUCCAACCUCUUGUGACGAGACUCUGCACCUUGAUGGACCAAGAUUCCGCAUUUUCCAAUGAUGUAGGCUCCAAGCAAGAGCACAUUGAAAGGUACAAGCGACGUCUGGAAUGCAUGAUCGACGAGACCAAGGGAAGACUUGAUAGUCGGAAAAAGUCUUGCCAGAACAUGGUGGGCCAUGCAAUCAAAGUCGAACCUUCACCCGUAGCGGCCGCAUUGAAAACGACUUCUCCCACUGCAAUAUCACCCCAGGAUGCUGCUUUGGCAGAGAGAAAGGCUGAGUUCAACCCCAAUCUGUGGCUACAGGAUCUGUCGAUGACAUACCCACGGUAG